AUGGAUCGAGACGGCUUUUCGGUUAUCUCUCUGACCUCGCUUGGUUCGACUAUUUCUCAUCGUUUAUUAUCGAGCGCUGAAGAGUUGAACGAGCUAAACACAACCCUCGAGACUCCCGAUGAGCGAUUAGCUUCUUUCGCGAGUAGACUGUACCAGCUGCAUCAGCAUGUUGGAUACCUUGAAGCAGCGCUAAACAACGCGAGUGCCAUCUCAGCACGUUUCCAGACCACUUUGAGUCAGAGUCUUGGAUCAUGCGAUGUUGUCAGUACCGUGUUGAAUAAGCAGGUUAUGCGCUUGCAGGCCGAGACGCUGCCUUUGCUGGAUGAGGUAUUUUUGAUGGUUUACAGCGAUGCUUUGCUGGCGUAUACACGACUCUUUGCUUUUUUCGCCAAAGUGCUUUCUUUGACAACUCGGGAUGAGCAGGAUGUUACUCUCGACACCAAGAGUGGCAAAGAGGUCUUUGACCACGUUAACAAGGCCUGCCAAAAGGCUUCGCAGACGAAAGAUAUUCUUCUUACUGCUGCGUCACAAAAUUACUCGCAUGCAUCUUCUAGCAAGGGACCUCUUCCGGGUGAUAUAGAGCCACCACCGUACGAACCCGCUCAGGCAUCUUCUUCCCAGUCGCCAAGUCUCGAACCGCCAACUUCACCUUUCACCAAGGGUCUGUCUUCGUUGACAAACUCGUUCAAAGCCAUGACAUCGGGUCUCUGGGCGAAACCUGAUCCCCUGUCUACGGCACUCUGCCAAGCAGCUCUCCGCGGCGAUGUCCAGCAGAUGAGCGGAUUACUCGCGCAAGGCGCCAACAUCAACGGUCGCAAUGGAGAAGGCAAUUCACCGCUGAGCUGCUCCAUUCUGGCUAACCAAGAAGACGCUGUUCGAUUCCUACUCGGUUCCGGCGCAGAUGUCAAUACAAAGGAUAUGAAGAUCCCACCAGUAUUCCUGGCCGCAUCCGUGGGAAGCAUCGGCGUUGCAAAGAUGCUUAUCGCCCGAGGAACGUGGAACGCCAACGCAGCCAACUGGUCUGGCCAGGCCUAUUUUGUCGACGUAUGCAACAGCGAGAACUUGGAGGGCAUCGAACUUCUUCUCGAGAAUGGCGCAAAGCCGAACACGACGAAUAUCUCGGGACGACCAGUGCUUGCGCAAGCUGUCAAAAAGGGCAAUAUCGAACUCGUGAGGCUGCUUCUCAAGUAUGGGGCCAACCCAGACACUAGUGAUCUGUCGGGCAACUCUCUUCUCUCCAUAGCGGCAAGCCAGGAUCGUAUGGAUAUGAUCAAGCUUCUUCUCGAAAGCGGCACAAACGCGAGCUCCAAGAACUUGAGCGGGUUGUCCGUGCUAGUCGAUGCCAUUAGCAAGAGGAAACUCGACCUGGCACAGCUUCUCCUCGACCACGGAGCCAAUGCGAGCGCCAAGGAUCUCGUCGGCCACCCAGCUCUCGUACUUGCUCUGCGCGAUGGCAAGCUCUCACAGAACGACAAGAUCCGAGCCGUCAAGAUGCUUCUGGAUCACGGGGCUUCUCCAAACGUGUCGGACGGCACAUGGGGCGUUGCAGCUAUCUGCUUUGCCAUGGAGACGGGUAUCACGGAACUUGUGAAGAUGAUGGUGCAAGCUGGAUCCAACACGAAGAAGAAGAUGAACAGCGGCGAAACCCUUCUUCUGUAUGCUAUUGAUCAUGGGAGACGGGAACAGACGAAGCUUCUUCUUGAAGCAGGCGCCGAUGCGAAUGCAGCGGAUAAAAAGGGCAGAACGCCAUUGAUGCAGGCUAUUUCGAGGAGAGACACGGAAUUGGUCAAGCUACUUAAGGCGAACGGCGCUGAUUUGAAUGUCGGGGGGUGCAUUUCGCCUGCUGAACUGGCGCAGUCAAUGGGUGAUCUCGAGAUCUUGCAGAUACUCGGUUUUGGAUCAUCGCCUUCGCAAGGAAGACCAACUGCACGAGCACAUUCACCACCACCUGGAUAUGAGACGGCAAUGGGCAAAGUUUAA